CCUCAAAGUUGAGGCGAAUGAAAAAGGAAGUGACAGAGUUGAGGAAAGCUAAACCUGUUUCUUUACAGCGCUUCGUCGGUCCUGUAAGGAGAGGUGGACUGGUGGAGAGAAGUCAUGGAGACUGAGCAGGAUGAGGUGGCUCAAGAUGAGCUGGGUCCUGAAAUAGCUUUGGAUAAGGACCCAUUUCAGUUGACAGUGGAGGAUGUGUAUGAUAUCUCUCACAUAGUAGGGCAGGAUCUGUUGAAAAUCAGCAGAGAGGCCCGUGGAGUGUCUAGCCUUGUGUCUGAUCUGCAAUUCAAAAUAGUCAGGGUGCUGGAAAUGUUGGAGGCACUGGUGAACCAAUCCAGCCUUUCUGCAGAGGAACUGAAAAUGGAAAGGGAUAAUCUAAAGGCUGAAGUGGAGAGACUUCUUAAGGAUGGACCUCAGAUGGGCGUUGGACCAGAUAAAAUGGUUAUAGACCUCACAGACCCAAAUCGGCCUCGUUUCACACUGCAGGAGCUCAGAGAUGUAUUACAAGAACGUAAUAAACUGAAAGUUAAACUUCUGGUUGCUCAAGAUGAGUUGCAGUGCUAUAAAAGUGGAAUUAUUCCUUCACCUGAUGAUCAGAUUGUAACCUUAGAAAAUGAAUCUAUGAUUACAUGCUCACCAAGAGAGAAUGAAAGCAAAGAGAAAUCAACUGUUAAAAGCUUGUUUUCUUUUAAACAAGGGAAGCAAACAUGAAACUGGAUUUAUUGCAUUUUUUGUCGUUUUACAGAAUGUUGUUAUUGUGUAUAUCUUUGCAAUCAUUUUUCAUAUGUGAAAUUAUUACUGGUUCAUGUAAGAAUAUUGACUUGCAUUCCAUUUAAGAGAAUUGCUUUAAUUGUUCUAAACCAGGACUUCCCAGCUACAGACCUCAGUAGUUUUAAGUUUCCUAUUCUCCAUUCCAUCAUUUCAAAUAACGCAUUUUUUUAUAGGAAUGGGAUUUUUCUGUAAUUCAAAUCACUUACCAUAUGUCUGCCAAAUAUCAUUUAUAAGGGUUGUCUUGCCUCUAAUUUAUAUAGUUAUCAUUAAGUUCAAGCUUCUGUUCUAUUAUUACAGAUAAAAAGGAAAUCAUUUUUAGAAUUAUUUGCUUAAUAUGAAGCCUAUGGGAGCUGGCCUUCCCAUUAAUCAGAAGCCAUUUGGAUUAUAUGGUCCCUGGUUAAGGGAUCCCAUACCUGUAAAAUAUUAUAGUUUGGUAAUAUAACACACUGGGGAAAGUUGAAAGAUUGGAAUGCCAAUGUAAGCAACCAAGCACUGAGGGGAGGGGAAAUGGGAGAAAAGAAUGGACCAACUUUGUAUUAAUUCCCUUUGUUUGAAGAGAGAUGUUGGACAGGCAGGUAUCCAUAUACUUUUGCCUGUAUAAUACAUAUGAAUGAAUGUAAUGCCAGUGUUUCCUGCCAUGCUUAAUUAAUUUUAUUUUACACAUCCUUUAUAAAAUUAUAUAGGUAUGCAUGGAAACUUUAUCAUUAAACCUUUGUUACUGAGCAUGUAUGUGUAGCCCUCUUACUGAAUCUGGCCUGAGAGCUUACAUGUACUGUAUGAUUAUGUUCCACUUUUAUAUGGAUACUUUACAAUGCUAAUACAUUUUUUUUUUUAAUUUGAACGUGUAAAAAUUAAUUAAAAUAUACCAUUCAAGUCUUGUCUAUACUUUAUUACUGCACCACAACUAUCAAGGAAAUGAGCUUAACAUCUUACCUCCACAUAAUAAAUCAUACCCAGUGCAAUUGCAAUGCAGUGUUUUAGAACUAUAGGUUCUCUUAAAAUGCAGCUGUCAUGCCUAAUUUUUUUUUCUCACUGGAGCAAAGGACUGGGAAAAUUUGUACUGUCACUACAGCUAUUUUGGGGGGAGGAAAUUAGAGGUAAUAGGUGCCAUUAAGAACUAGCAAUAUCUAAAAGCGAGCUUGUGGCAUCACAACUCUAGCAUAAAAUCAAUGUAGGGUUCCCUAAUACAUAUCUCUUUGCUAAGCUCACAUUUAUAGUAAAUCACCCUCCUCUUUCUUGUUCCUCUUGGCAUUUGCUUUUUCAUUUUUUGUUUAACCAUGUAGUUCCAGUCAAAUUUUGCACUGCCAGAGCUGUACCCACAAGAGUACAAUACUGAAUUUUAAAAGCACCACUACAUAAGAAAGCACUUUAGAUUGCAAAGCUCAAAAACCGUGGUUUACUUCUGGAAACCAUAUAUUCUGGCAAAAUACACUGACAAAUUUAUUAUGUUGUUCUAAUACAAAACUUUGCUAAAUUAGCAUUUAUGAUAUUUUUGAAAAUGUACUCAAAAUGUAGUUACUGCAUUUUACCUUAUAUCUAUAGGUACACAGAUAAAAGAUCAUAAAUAUAAAUGCCAUGGGGAUUCCAAACAGUUUGUUGCCCUAUGUGUUUAUGUGUAGGAUUACCAAACACUGUGGCUUGUAGAAACUCCCAAAAUAAAAGUGAUAUAGUGCAUCCAGUACUUUUCAUGGCGGAUACUUCAGAAAACAAGGCAGGUAUCUGAUCUGGUUAUAGAAAGGGGCACAAUACACAUGCUCAAGACAAGGUUAAAACAGGAACACUAGUAUAUAGGAUUCUUGUAUUGACUCCCAAGCCUGAUGUUGAAGACUGUACCCAGUUCCUCUGUAAAACCAAGUUGGAGAGAUUUUAAAGGGGAAAUAUGAAAAUUUAAGCUUCUUCAAACUUUCUACAUACAAUUCUGGACCAUGUCUGAAAGUUCCUCUUUACUAUGCUCUCAGCAUCUGUCUCUUCUUAUGCAAGAGUUGGCGUUAUAUUAUGAUAUUAUAUUAUCAGAUCUAAUCUUUUACUGUAGAUUUAACUCUUAGAGCCCCCCCCCCCCCCCUUUCCUAGCAGGUGUUUAAGAGCUAACUCAAAUAACUGAUUCCAGAAUAGUCCUAACAAAAUAACUGAAUUUUGGCACAAAUCUUGCAUGUAGAGUCAAUUAUUUUGAGAGAGUGAGCUUCAAUACAUCAUAUAGGCGAAGCCUACAUGAGUGAAGACCGACAGAGAGGGGGAUAGCAAAAAGCAAUGGUAAAUGGUACAGAAUGUAAUUGGUUAUAUUUAGGAAAUGUCUUAUUUAACUAUGAUAAAGCUUGUAUUCAUUUUUUGUAGCCCACCUUUGUUGUAAAGCUAAUGUCACACAAUCUUACAGCAGCCACAUAACUAAAGUAUUGCAUAUUAUGAGAAAGCUAAUUUUGAUAUUCAAGAUAUUUUAGCCUUAGGAUAAAAAAAAAAAAAAAAAAAAAAA